AAAGGAAAUAAUUUGCUUUCGUCUACUUUUUCUUAUCACGUGACUCAAACAGUUUAAAGACUUGAGUCCCGGAUAGUCAUUUACUAAGGCGAUGCUGGUCUGAAGCAACUGCGUAGCUAACUUAGAUCUGGAAAGCUUUUGCGUGCGAGUCGCUUUUACGGCUUGCUUUAUACCACAGCCGUCAUGUCAGUGUCGUGGUCUAAUUCUAAAGCGAAGGACAAUGACGGUGAUGAGUUGGAAGUUGUUCAUCUAAAGUUAGUGGAUGAGAGCGAGGAGGGCAGCGAAGGCGCGGAAAAUGCGUCAGAGGGAGAAGAACUGGUUGCUAACAGUGGUGAGGCGUGGUUUCCACCAUUGCUGUCCCGCACAAGAAUGCUCUUUCUCAAUGUGACUUGGUUUGGCAUGCAGUUCAUGUUUCUGCUCUUAUCGGUUGAAGUCGUUCCUUCACAAAUUCAACACUUAGUGGGAGACAAGGCGAAGGGGCAUACUCUAGGCAUUAUCGUAGCAAUGUCUUCAGUUCUUACAUUUUUUGCAAGUCCACUUGUGGGCAUGCUGAGCGAUCGUAUUCAGACGAAGUACGGUAAGAGACGUCCAGUUAUGGUUUUUGGCACUGCUCUCAUGAGUAUUGGUUUUGUUGGAAUGGUUGUGAUAGCAAGAAAUAUGAAGUAUGAAUCAAAGGGAUGUAAGAGCCUUGUGCAUUUGGGCAAUGGUUCUGACUACUGCAGUCAUGUUGAGAAACCAGUUUGUGCGAACAAUACAAACUCUAGUGCAACUGAAUCAGCGGAUCAUGUCCAAGACGUUGUCCUUUACAGUCUAUUUUUCUUGAUUGGAACGGGAAGUUAUGCAAUUCUGAAUGUUGCAUACAAUGGUCUCAUGGCUGACAUGACGCACCCAUCAGUCAGAGGAUUUGGAUCCGGUCUGAUGGGAACGAUGAUUGUCCUCGGCAUGAUGUCAGGAGCCGGAGUUGGAGUCUUCUAUAAGACCAUAGGUGCUGCUUGGACGUUCAGUAUUAUGUAUGCUGUUUUGGUUGUGACAGUAACAAUUACGGUCAUAACCAUCAAAGAAAGACCAUCCAAAGCCAAAGUACACGAUCCAGUUGGAUGGAAGGUUGUACUACUGAGUUAUUGUGAGCCACUGAAAGAUUAUAAUUUUCGUUGGGUGUUUAUCACACGAUUUCUGAUGCAGAUGGGCGUUUCAACGGUUUUGGGGUUUUUGCAGUACUGGUUGGCUGAUAUGGUUGAUCUCCCCAAUUGCAUGUGUGCGGAGUCAGCUGUUUCUAUGGCAAUGCUGCCACUGUUGAUAGGAGCCGCACUGUGCUCUGCCAGUAGUGGUUAUCUGUCUGACAGGCUACAGAGGAGAAAGCCUUUUGUGUUUGGUGCAGCUUUGAUUAUGAGCGUUAGUGCUACGAUUAUUGCUUUCGUUCCCAAAUACUAUGUUGCAAUAGCCGUUGCUUUGUUAUUUGGUAUUAGUUAUGGAUUGUACGUGUCUGUGGACUUCGCUCUUGUCAUGGAUGUUUUGCCCGAUGACAAAGAUCGAGCUAAAGACCUGGCAGUGUGGCAUCAGGCUCUUGUGCUUCCUCAACUUUUGGCUACUCCUGUGGCUGGUUUUGUUCUUGAUUAUGUUCAAGAUGCUUCGCUGCCUGGUCAUUCUGGAAAGUUGGGCUGUGCCAUAGGAUUGGGAUACAUCGUAGUUUUUCUCAUAACUGCACUCUACUUCUUGCUCAGCAGCUUGUUUGUUUUAAAAAUUCGGAAAGUUUUAUAGUACUGUAUUUAUUAGUCACUAUAGGCUGUCGGAUUGACUGUGAUAAUUGCGUAUUAUAGAUUAUAUAUGUUGGUAUGAUGAGUUAUGGAUUGUCACAUUGGACUGUGGUGUAUUCUGUUUACAAUCAGUAUUAAGAAAGUUUGCUUCGAGUACUUUUGUGGUAAAAUCUAUAUGCAGUUUUUAUUUGAAUGUCACUUUGUACCUUGCUGCUAGUAUCAUUGUUGUCUGUAUACAAAAAUGAUAAUAGAAAUUGUUGUGUACUGUCCAGAUACACUGUGGUCUGUCUGGAAGG